AUGCAGACUAUUUUGGAUACACUUGAUGCCGACAUAAUAUGCCUCCAGGAAACAAAAAUUACACUGGACAGAUUAGAGUCGUCAAUGGCGAUUAUACCAGGAUACGACGCAUAUUUCUCUUUUUCGAAGGGUAAAGCUGCGUACUCGGGUGUUGUGACAUAUGUCAAGAAUGAUUCUGUUAGACCAAUAUCUGCCGAGGAAGGGAUUUCUGGGAUUUUGAAUGAUGUUUCAGCUUCUGAUGCAUUUGGUUGUACUCCACGGGAAUUACUCAAUAUCGAUUCAGAGGGUCGUUGCGUUAUAUUGGAAUUUAGGAUGUUUGUAUUGUUCAAUAUUUAUUGUCCUCGCGAUUCCGGUCCGGAGCGCCGCCCCUUUAUAACGCAAUUUCGCAAAGUGCUUCAGGAUCGUGUGGAGGCCAUUCUUCGGGCCGGUAAAGAGGUGAUAAUAAUGGGAGACAUAAAUGUGUCGCAUAAAGAGAUUGAUCAUUGUAAUCCGCAACAGUCCAUCAAAGACAAUGGAUUAGAGUCCUUCGACGACCACCCGUCCAGAAAAUGGUUCGAUGGAUUGGUAGCACCAAAUGGUCCUCUUGUUGAUGUGUGCCGACGAUUUCAUCCGGGCGAAAGGGGAAUAUAUACAUGUAGGUUGGUGUUCUGUAAUCAAUGCGAGGUGAGAUGUGUAUUCGGAUUUGUUAAUGUCUACUAUGAUGCUCAGAGGAUUCCACUGACACCUAUCCUGCUAUUCUCUUUCCUUACAAGGCCAUCGAAUUAUGGUACGCGUUUAGAUUACAUACUUGCUAGCCAGGGGUUGAUGAGAUGGUUCAAAUCUUGCAAUGCGGAACAGAGCAUCAUGGGAUCGGAUCAUUGCCCUGUCGUUGGAGAGUUACAUGAAUCAAUAAGCGAAAACGGACGUACGCUCACUCUUAAAGACCUCUUGUUUAUUGGUGCCGACGGUGAAUCCACAGGAACGCUACGACUUUGCGCUAAAUAUUUACCAAAGUUCUCGAGCAAUCAGAAAACAUUGAAUAGCUUUUUUGUCAGGCAAAAUUCAAACCAAAUGGAGAAGUUGGAUGAUUCGAUUGUUGAGAAACAAACGACAAAGACCAUCACUUCCCGGAAACCAUCUGAUCCCGUAUCGCAGAAAGCCACCGGAAAAUCCGUGAUCCCCAGGAUUAUUAAAAAUGGUGACCGUAGAACAAGACAAAAGGUGGAAAUAGAUAAGAAUCAGUUAUCUCUCGCAUCCUUUUUUAAGCAACCUCUUCCGAAUGAGAUUUCUAAAUCGGGAACCACGUGUUUGAGGGAAGAAGACGUCACGGAAGUUUCCGGAUCAUCGGAUCAUCGUUUGGUAUCACAAUCGCCGAAUGUGGAGUUUAAACAAAACAUCGAGGAAAUAAUGGAUGGUUGUGCGGAAACAUGUGUUAAUUCCAACAAUUCAAGAGCAUUAUCACAAUGGAAUGCUAUUUUCACGCCGCGUUCCGUACCCAAGUGUAAAAUUCACGGUGAAACAU